UGCAAAUAUUCUCCAUAACCAAACAGUUUUCUCAUUAUGGAACAGCAAAUCCUCUCAGUUUCAAUUCUUUUCAGUUUCGUUCUUUUCCUUCACGUCUUAUUAAAAAUAUCGAAGAAAUUAUACAAACAUGAUUCUAACCCUCCGCCAGGACCAUGGAAAUUACCUUUCUUAGGUAAUAUCCUCCAGCUCACCGGCGACGACCCUCAUCACCGGUUUGCAGAGUUGGCUAGAACUUACGGACCACCGGUAAUGGGUAUUCAACUCGGUGAAAUUCCCUUUCUUGUUGUUUCCUCGCUGGAAGCAGCCAAAGAAGUACUGAAAAUCCAAGAUCCCAUUUUUGCAGAACGAGCGCUUAUCCUUGCAAAUGAUGUGGUGAAUUAUAACCGUAACGGGAUGGGUUUUGCGUCAUACGGAUAUCAAUGGAGGCAAUUGAGAAAAUUUUGCACGUUGGCAUUACUGUUUCAAUCAGUAAGAGAAGAAGAAAUGGCUGAUUUUGUAAACUUUCUGCGUUCCAAAGAAGGAAGUUCUGUUAAUCUUACUCAUACUAUAUUUGCUUUUACAAAUUCUAUAAUUGCAAGAAAUGCUGUUGGUCAUAAAACCAAAAAUCAAGAAACGUUGUUAACAUGUAUUGAUGGUAUUAUUUAUACUGGAGGAGUAAAUAUAGCUGACGUGUUUCCUUCCUUAAAAUGGCUUCCUUCAGUCAAGAGGGAAAAAUCUAGAGUUAUGAAAUUGCAUUAUGAAACAGAUAAGAUCCUGGAAGAUUCUUACAAGAUCUUACAAGAGCAUAAAGCAAAUAAGCAGGCGUGGGUUUCGGAGGAUGGCGAUGGGAGGAAAGCAGACAAUUUUGUUGAUGUUCUUCUGGACCUUCAACAAAGUGGAAAUCUUGAUUUUCCCUUGACUGACGUCACCAUUAAAGCGUCAACCAUUUAUGUUUUUGUGGGUGGAAGUGACACAUCCUCAAAAACUACGGAAUGGGCAAUGGCAGAGUUGAUGAGAAAACCGGAAAUAAUGAAAAAAGCACAAGAAGAAUUGCGCAGUGUCUUUGGUGAAAAAGGAUACAUUGAGGGCAAACUUCAAGAAUUAAAAUGGUUGAAGUUAAUUAUUAAAGAAACAUUGAGAUUACAUCCUGUACUUUCACUACUUCCAAGGGUUUGUAAGCAAAAGACUAAAGUUAGUGGAUAUGAUGUUUAUCCUGAUACUCGAGUUUCUGGUUUAAUGUAGGGCACUCGGAAGAGAUCUAAAAAUUGGAGUGAACCUGAGAAAUUCAACUCCCGAGAGAUUAUUGAUAGUUCAAGAUCGAUUAUCUGGGAAAAUCAUUUAUGA